GGCUUACCCUGUGGGCAAAGAUUGGGGAAAAGUCACCGUUUCAAAUGUAGCUAAAUACUCGGUUGGCUGAAAUCCACCUGUGGUUUUGAUAUUUAGUCUUGCCAGAUUGUGUUUUAAAAACAUAAUGACGCUGUAGUCUGGUUAUCGCUGACGACCUUGAAUGUGUGUUUUAGGCCGCUCGGUUGCUCCCGCGGUCUGAGCUUUCCUGGGCUACUGUGAGCCGACAGACUCUGACGGGUGCGUCAUUGACCGCAAAUAUGAGCCGCUUUCUGAACGUCCUCCGGAGCUGGCUGGUGAUGGUGUCCGUCAUAGCGAUGGGAAACACCGUGCAGAGCUUCAGGGACCAUAGCUUCCUCUCAGAGAAACUGUACACGGGAACGCCAGAGUUUGUAAAUGGUCUCCAAGCUCGAACAUUUGGUAUUUGGACAUUGCUGUCGUCAAUCAUCCGCUGUGCCUGUGCCAUUGAUAUCCAGAACAAAACGCUAUAUCACAUUACUUUAUGGACAUUUGUGUUGGCACUGGGUCACUUUCUGUCGGAAGCAUUCAUCUACAAAACUGCACCACUGACUAUUGGAGUGAUGGCACCACUCAUUGUUGCAAGUUUUUCCAUCAUAGGAAUGCUCAUUGGAUUCCAGUGUUUUCCAGAGACUCAGGAAGAAUUGGGAGCACGGCAGAAGAAGCGAAACUAGUUUCCUCCUCUUAUUGGCCGAAACCACCACCAGCACACAAACUUGGACCAGUAAUUGUGUGCCAGCUUUUGUAUCAUGUAUCAUGGGUUUACCUAUUUAACAUUCAAAGGAGCAAUAUUAUAAAAGGAUUAAGCCACAUAGUAAUCUGGAAUAUAAUUUUUUCACUUCAUCUCUAUUUUUUUUUUAUCAGUUCAGACUUUACCAAAGAACUACAUAAUGUAAAAGUGUCUUACACACACACACACACACACCCCAGCAGUUUCUUGAUUUUUACCACAGAAACAAACUUGAGGUUUUAUGAACUCGCAAUGAGAAAGCUAUUCAUCUGCAGAGCAAUUCAGACAUCUUGAUUCUGAAGGUGUAAUUGUUUUGUUUUGCAUUAUUUUUAGGAAAUCAUCCAUGUUGUUCGAUAUUUGAAUUAAACUUCACAUCUUUGCCGGCAUUUAUGGUUUUAUUUCAUCUUCUGAUGAAUAAAUAAAUCAAACAUGUACCCUAUGUCCUUCAUGAUUCACAGAUCAAUCUAUCUUCAAAUAGGCACAAAAUACCCAAUUACCUAGAGUAUAUUGAGGUUAAUUAUCUGGGGAUUCUACGGUGUUUGAUCAAAUUUGAUUCCUAAAGAAACCGAGCUGGUUCUCCAGAUAUAAAAUCUUUGAGCAAUUGGUUGGAAUUUUAUCCCAUUUUAGUGUGUUUUUUUAAAUGUAACUUCCUGUACCGUUUUCUUGUUACCAUAUCUUUAUUUUGAUGGUGCUGUGUCAUCUAUCUCCUUCUCCCAACCUAUCCUAACAUGUUUAAAAUCCCCCUUAUGGUUCAUUUGUCUGUUUAAUUUUUGUUUUUUGCCCAAGUUUACUAACUGCUCAUGCAACCUGUUUUACCUCUCUGUGACCUGUUUUUGAUGGGAAUUUCAAUAUUAGUACUUUAGUAUUUUGUUGCAUCUCCCAUGUCAUGCUUUUUCCAAGGUCAUUUGAAUCCAUCUUAUUUACUAGUGCUUCCUAAAUCCCCAAUAUGUUCAUUAUGAAAAAUGCUUUGCAAAUUAAAAUUCUGAAAAAUA